GGCCCAAGGAAUCACCACCCCGUUUCAGUGUAAACAACGUGCCUUGUCCACUUUGGGCUCCAGAGUCUUUCAGAUAUACUAAGCUGCUGACAUCAUCCGCUGCCUUCUGCUGCAUCCUAGACACCCUCCCUUUUGUUCACAGAGAGGGAAGGUCGUGGGCCACACGAUGCUGUGUGAUUCUCCAUGUGCCUCUGAAUGGUGUUUUGAUGAUUUUACACUACAUUUCCUGUGCAUAGAAUGGAUGCUUCUAUAUUCAUACAUCUCUAUGUUACACAGAAUUUGUGUUGCAGGUGUUUGCCAUGUGGUACCUACAUAGAAUCUCCAUACAACACACAGUUAGGUAACAGGUUAUACAAGUGGGUUCAGACUGAACCCCCAGUACAAGGACAUUGUUUUGAACUAGGUGGACAUGCCAUCCCUGGUCUCCUUAGACUGACAUGAAUCUAAUGUUAACCAAGUUCUUAAAGUUCAAAUUCCCCAAAAAGGGCUUGUCCAAGGCUGGCCCCAGAUGUGUGGGUCUGACCCACCCCAGCUGGCUGGUUUCAUUCAUGUGAAGCCCUGUAUCCUUUCAGUCAUUUGUCCCUGUGUAAUUUUAAUCAUAUUCCAAAGCCAAAUUUUGUGAUGGUUUCCAGGUUUUCUGCAAAUCACAGAAAAGCCAGCCAAGAUCACCCAGGAGCUUGUACCCCCAGAUGGGCCAAAGAAAGAGCCUAUGAGGGAGAAGCAGAAGCGGACGGCUGGCCUGGCUCACCUUCCCACGCCAAUGGGGCAGGGGUCUGCUUCAGGAAACGGAAGGUGUCCAGAAAAUGAGCAGAGAUUCACAAGACAGCACUUUGAUUCUAUGCUGAGUUUGUUUCUAUAUUAGAAAAGCACCAAGUCAGUAAUCCCCCGUGGCAUCACAGCUAAGUAGCUGUGGCCACCAGCAGCUUCACAGUGUCCUGAAAGCUGGCACUGAUCGUGACUGUCAGUGAAAGAAGUUUAAUUGUCAGGUUAGAAAAUGUGAUCUGGCAGUUUAUCCAUUCUUCAGAGUAAUGUAAUAAUACCUACGUGAUGCUAUAAUUUUACUUUUCAACAUAAGUUGAACCCGUAGCAGUCUGUUUACCUUGUAAAGGGAUUACUUAGAAGACAUUUUUGUACGUGCUCUUCCCCAAGGAUUGUACAUGUUAUACAAAUAGAUGGAAAGAAAAGCGAACACGUUUGUAGAACUAUCAUAAGCACACAGUUGCUGUGUUGCGUUCUCUUUAAAAACAAGGACAGAACCAACCAGCGUUCAAAGGAACCUCCCAUCAGAGUCCCCUAAAGUAUUUUAGGUUCAGUGAGCAUUUGCCUGAAUAAAACCUAAAAGAGUAGUCUUAACACAUUAAUAACUUUUUCUAAGAGAAAUUGAUUCCUGUUUUGUCAUCUGAUGCAAGUUGCUCUUAUAAAGAGACAUUUUCGUGGGUUCAGGGUAACUCAUCUCCAUGGGCUGACCAAAGACUUUUCUAAUUUUUGUUACUGAUGAGAUGAAACCUAUUUGUAAGGAGAUCUUCCCCAGGAGCAUUUCUGUUGCCUUCUUGACAUCAAUGAAAAGUAGCAUAUUCUGUUAUGAAAUAGCAUGAGAAAACCCAGGGCAUUUCUAGGACAGUAAAACAUUAAAGUACUGGAUUAAGAAAACAACAACAGGCCGGGCGCAGUGGCUCAUGCCUGUAAUCCCAGCACUUUGGGAGGCUAAGGCGGGUGGAUCACCUGAGGUCAGGAGUUUGUGACCAGCCUGGCCAACAUGGUGAAAUCCCGUCUCUACUAAAAAUACAAAAAUUAGCUGGAUGCAGUAGCGCGUGCCUUUAGUCCCAGCUACUUGGGAGGCUGAGGCUGGAGAAUUGCUCAAACCCGGGAGGUGGAGAUUGCAGUGAGCCGAGAUCGCACCACUGCACUCCAGCCUGGGCGACAGAGCGACCCUCUGUCUCAAAAAAUAGUAAUAAUAAAUAAAUAAAACAACAACAAAAUGCAUCAGAGAGCCAAAACAUUCAGUAUUGCAUUUUCACAUAGGUAAUGAAAUGACUUUGGAACUUUAUCUGUGUUAUAGUUAUGAGUUGCUUUGGGAGCGUUGGAGCUCUCUGUAGCUAUUGUUCAUAACACUUUGCUCCAUAACCCUGAUGUCCCCAAUAUCUAAGUAUCGCAGCCUUCAUCCAUUAACUCUACUAGGGAGCCCACAGCCACCAUUUCCACUAGGAGGUAUCAGUGUUUGUGGUAUGACAUAAGGCUCCCUUGAAAUAACAAGACUUUUGAGCAAUCUGAAUUAAAAAUACAUCAAAAAAGUAAUAGUGCUCAUUUGCUAAAUGCAAAAAAUAAUCACCUUUGAUACCAAUGUGCACCAAUAUGCCUAACUAGCUAGCCAGCUGGAGAUAAUUUAGCAGCGAAUGUUUCAAAACCCUAACCUUGAAGUUUGGAAACAGGUGGUCUUCUAUGCUGCAGAGAAACUAUGCAUUAGGUCUCUUUUCAGUUAGAAACCUUUACUAUUUCCAAUGUAUGUUUGUUAAAAAAAAAAAUAAUAAAACCAAAAGCCUUUGUGGAAACCCACUCUUGGGAGUCCGUGUGAUGGGGCUGUUUUAUUGUUUUCACCGGGCGCCCUCCCCACUGCAGGGGUGCGCACUGUUGUUGCAGGCUUGCUACCCACCUGUGUUUCUCAGCAUUUCAGGAAUUAAACCACAUUUAGAACCCCAAAGAACCUUUCCCCUUUCUUCUUACCCACUAUCAUAGGUGGUAUUUUAAUGAAGCUUCGGUGCCUUGGGUGCUAUUUACACCAAUUUUGGUAGGUCAUACUAUUUCGAGAAUGGUCUUUUGAUAGGGAGAAAUUUGUAAGACCCAUGGCAAUAAAAGCGCAGCUCAAAGACAUGGGACCUCUUGUCCUGCCCCAUUUGCUGUUGUUUAUGCAGCAGGAGAGAAUAGGUCAGAGCCAACCCUUGCACACUAGCUUUCUCCCAUACAAACGGUCCAUUUUAGCCUCUGUCCCGCUUGCUAUGUAAAGAGGAGGCCAGCGCUUGGCAUAACUGUUCUGGUAGCGAUGCUUGUUACAACUCAUGAUGAAAUGCCCCAACACAAGUGAGGACACAGCUGCCCACCCCGGUGCUAGAAGGUAAGGUGAGUCCUCUAGGAGUACAUCUGCCAGGAUGCAUUUUCAUUCCGCAGCCUUGAUGAAUGGGACGAGGCUUUGUUGUGACUGUUUUUUAAGCAGUCUCCCAGGGAAUCACUGACAAUACCUACUUCUUAGAGAAAAGUUUCAAGCUCCCCUCCUCUCUUUUGUGAGGCAAUACAAAAUCCAUCAUCCAAAUGAAAGAUACUUUUCACAACAGCCUUUAUUGCCUGCAGACUUACAUGUAUAGUCCUUUAAACAAUUAACUGUUUAGAAAAUGGUUGUUUCUCUCAACCCUUGAGCCAGUUAUUCCACGCUGGUAAGACCCUUUCACAGAAAUGUAACAAAGUGCAUUUUAUAGAAAACAUCUAAUUAAAUCACCAGUUUCAUGCUUUUAAAUUGUAUCUACAAGUGCAAAACCGCAACACCCAAAUGUUUUUAGUAUCUAAGUCAGGUAUCCAAAGGUUAGCUACAUAAUCAGAAAUGCGCACACCACUGUUCUGAUAAUAAAGGCACAUUUUCCAAUAACCAAUUAUAACAAGAAGUGCAGCAUUACCUAAAUUGGGUGUGUCAUCUUCCCCUCCUGGGUCACAGGAUGACACCUGGGGAUGCGAUGCUGUGCCUGCACUUGGCGAUCCCAGGAGCACAGAAAUGCACCAGACAGAUCAUGAAGGGCUCAUGCUUGGAAACCACACCAUUUCCUGACAGAGUGAAGGAAUCCCUGUGGAUUCAUUGAAAGGGAGGAGGGAAUUUAAGCUAAUUCUCUUCACCUGCUGUGUUGUCAAAUCUCCAAAACAUUGACCAGAUAACUUAUGUGUUUUUCAUUUGUCAUAGAACAAAGAUUAGAGAACUUGAAAUUCGUUUUGCAUUUCCACUCCUCAGGGAUGUCGGAAAAGCCAAUUCUGUUCCAGCACAAAGUAGAAAGUGGCGAAUUGGCAAUACGCCAAGACAUAGACUGUUACAGUAAUUCUUUUUGUUUCACAAAAGUUAAUGGAAACAAAACAACUUUCAAAUAAUAUUCAUUUGUCAGUGUGUAUAAUUUGCCAUCCAAAUGCUUUUUAAAAAGUUAUUAUCUUAUUAUUACACAUUAAAUUUACAUGGAGUUGUCUCCUAAUCCUGGUAUUUUAACACCAAAUGUUUAAUUCUGAAUACAAAGAAACAUUCACAUACUUAAUUUUACAAUAUUCUGGAACAAGUUAUAUUCAAAAGUCAAAUGAACAGAGAACAUUCCACUUGCAACCAACACAUAGUUGUUAACAAAAUUAACCCCAUUAAUAUUUAAAGAUGGAUUUAUCCAUUAAUGCCUGUUUUAAUUGUCACUUGAUUUUGGUGGUUAGAAACUUUGGUUAUGGUAAAAAUGAUCACAUGAGUGGGAAUUCAUUACCUCAAAGCUCAGGACCACAGCUCCCCAUGUGCAUGUUUUUCUGUCUGCAGUAUUUCAAGGUGAGACAACAAAAUAGACACCUAAAAUUGUAUGAGAUUUUAUUCCUGGUGCUUUUUCAGCGAGAACCGUUUUUCCAGCCCUAGGGAAGGAGCCUGUGUGGUUUUGGCCUGAAGGAUUAAUCAAUUCAGAGCAUCUGUGACAGCCAGGAGGAGGAAAGAAGGGAGGCUGGGAUCACCUCCCGCCCCUUCUAGUAUCUCUACUGAGAGUGACAACUCCAGGCUGUCCCCCCGCAUCCUGAGCCUUCCAUGCUCUCCUCCAUGCCACUAACACUCAGUAUCUGAUGCCUACAGUGCGAAGCCUCCAGAGUCCCCAGACUGACCUGGGCACUCCACCCUUGCUGGUUCUAGUUUACGUGGACACACGGGUACCUUAAGCCUUGUCACACUCCAACACCUUUGUGUGUGUGUGUCUUUAUUGCUUUCUAGGUUAUAAACUCAGGCAGAGACCUCAUACAUUCACUUCUCUAUCCCAUGAUCCCAGGACAGGGCCAGGCACAUAUUAACUAAUGCACAAAUGAGGCCAAGAAGCUGGCUAGAAAUCCCAAGAAACUGUGCCAGGUAUAUGCAGCUGCACCUGGGAAUACACGAAAGCAUGACAUCACGAGCACAGCCUCCUCCACCACGCCUUCCCUUUCUCCUCCUUCCCCGCUGGCCUCAGACAGCUAUGCAUGGCUGCACGAAGGAAGAUCUAAAUCUAGACUUGUUUUAUCCUCCCCUUCCCUUCUUCUCACCUUUAUUCUGCCUCCACCUUCUUCUUUCUUUGUCUUCCCCUGCUGGCUUCUCUGUCAUUUCCCACAGUGGGUUCCCCCAACCCCUGUGGUCCUCGUGUCCUGUUCUUGUUCCCUUUGUGCUGGAUCCCACAUCCUACAGCAUCCAGGACCAUCUUCCGUGGCUGAUGCCACAGCCUGCCAAUUCCCAAAUUCUUCACAUUUGUCUGAUUUCCUACUUAGCUGAAAAACCAAGGCCCAGGGAGGAGUCCCAAGGUGCACAACACAGAGCCAAUCUGCGUGUGUACAGAGAUGCAGAUCCGUUUUUAAUCAAUGUAAGUAUAUGCGUAUAUGUAUAUACAUAUGCAAUUCACAUUCACAAGUCCUGGUAUAAAGUUGCAAUUUUUCUGGCUGCUAUAAAAUGUGCCAGUUUUAAAACUGUGCAUUUGUUGCUUGCAAACUUAUAAAUAUGUAUAAACCCCAUUAUAAAUAAAUUGUGGCUGGCAGAUGGCAUUUAAGCUGCCAGCAAUGGUUGCAUGGAGUUAUAAAUGCUUAUUAAUUCUCCACUUUUAAAUUCACAGCACGGACCCUGGGAUCUGUGACACAAAGUGGUAUGAAAACAUAAUUAUAAAUUAGAGGGGGGAAAGCCAUCAAUAAGAGACAGGUAAGGGCUAGAAACUCUCACUAGUGAGUGGUUCUCAAAGACUUCAGAGCAGCUGCACCAGCAUCACCUCAAGAUUUUUUGAAAUGCAAAUUCUUGGGCCCCACUCCAGACCUAGGGAGUCAGGAACUUGGUGGGGCCAGGGGGGUGGGAGGGCCUGCAAUCUUUGUCUGAACCAGCUCGCAGGGUGGUUCUGAUGCCUGCCUUCCACUCCAAGUCUUCUUGUCAUGAACGCCUGUCUCUCGUCCCAGGGACAUCCCCGGCUUAGGAAGUAUGCUCAGGUGUGUGCAGGGCCAGUCACAAAUUGUUUCCAGAAACAGCCUUUCAUAAGUGAUAGACUUGGUGCAUAAAUACCCCAGCUGUCUCCCCACCUUGCUGGUUGAACUCUGGGGUGUCAGCUCUGUCUCUCGGGGUUCCCCAGUGGAAUUCGGCUCCAGUUGUGCACAUGAUGGUAACUUACUUGAUAAUGCACGCCUUCCUUGUCAGCUUCCUUCUCUCCCUACUCCUGGGAUCUUCACUCAAAUAAACUACAUGCCCUCAAGUCCUCCCUCAGGGUCUCCUUCUGGAGGAACCCCAACUAAGAGGAAAUAGAAACACUGCCUCUCCCAUCUGAAUGACUCAGGCUUUUAUGCAUUUUGAGAUGGAGCACAGAUGUAGAACCCCUGGAGGGAAGCACUGCUUGCCAUUUCCAUGGGGCAGGGGGCGAGCUUUACGUGCAGGCCCAGGACUGUGAGUCCUGUGCUCUUUCCUAAGUUGAUCCCCAGCCCCUUGCAUGGCUCCAGUUUCCUCUUCUGAAAAGCGGGCCCCCCUGCUGGGCUGUCUUACCAAGGUCCCUUUCCUGUGAUCCUUGUGUGGAGCUGACAGUUCUAGGUUGGCACUAUGUCCAGGAGUGGGUUUGUCCUCUUCAUCUUUCUUAGAGCCAGCUUUGAAAGUUCCACGGGAGAACCUGAGUAUUACUCUGAAACCCACUGCAAGGUCUGUCUGAGUCCUGCAAUGACCUCUUUGCAAUCUUUCCACAAUCCUCCCACUCACUCCCAAUCCUACUGUCACCGUCCACAGAAAGGGAUUUAUGGACAGCAGGCAAAGUUGGGCCAGCGAGAGAGAACCAAUGGGCACGUUGGGAAUGCAAAAUUUUAGAAAAUCAUUGCGCUUUAUAUGUUUCAUAUAUUUGUCAAUCCCCAGCACUCCCUCAAGCUGGGAACACGUAUAGCCCUGCAGUGUGGAGCACGCCAAGGCUCAGAGAAAUCCAGCAACCCGCCUGAGUCCAUGCCGUUCUGGGUGUGUCAGGGUGGAGGCUGGAUGGAGGUAUCUACUCGUGGCCCGCAUUGCCUCUGCCCCGGAAAGGCCUAUAGUCUGAGGCUUCUGCCCGGCUCAGCCCAACAGAAAAGAAAUGUGUGACUGCCUUCAGGUGGCAGCCAGUUUGGAGGAAAUGAGGACCCAGAUGUCCAUCUUCAAGCAUUGCUUAUAGAAAGAAGCUAUCCAAGUGUCGGAUGCUACUGUAAAGGAAAGCUUUAUUUCAGGAGCUGGGGGCCACCUUCAGAAUCCCAGCACCAGGCAUGGAGGUUGGGCUGGACACACAUGUCCACUGUUCCCCUGGCGCAUGAGCCCUUUAGGGUCCACUCUUCCCUGGGCCUGUCCUUCCUUUUAAGGUAGGCCUUUACCUACAUACACAGCUUGUCAUUUCCUGCCUGUAUUAGAAAUUACCCACGACCUCCUCCACCUCCAGGAGGCCCUAAAGAAGGCCAUAUAUGGCCCAAUCAGGCCUUUGUCCAUUAUCCCAACAUUAGAGAUGGCCUGACAAAAUAGCCGCUCGCUCAUCAAGGCUGAGCGACGCCCAGUCUUUGGGCACUUCAAAUAUAAAAAGCAGCAACAGUGGUGUCUUAAGCACAGGAUUUAAGAUUGAAUCAUUUGACUGCGGUGUUUUUCACCUCCCCACCCGAUUCUCCAGUGAGCUACUCAGAGGCAGCCUUGGAGGUCAAGAAUCAAAGCUGAUUUAAACCACAAUGAGCACCCCCACGAGAGGCCCAGCCGGCCUCCGCGGGACAGAGAUGUCAUUUGAAGCACAGCUGAUUCAUUUGUGGGGUUAGGGGAGGUGGGUAGGGGUCUCUAGGGCCACUCGGCAAGGGCUGAGGGGCCGUUUUAGGACUGCUGGCCCCCACCUUGUACUCCCAGAAGACAUAGGUUUGGGAUUAAGUGUUGGGAGUGCCCAUUGGAGGGGCAGCAGGGCCCAGGUGCACUCUGCAGGGCCAGGGUGGCCCAGCACAGCAGCAGCGACUGUGCCCUGGAAGCCUGAGGCCCUGGAACGCAAGGCACAGUGCCGUUCCCGCUGCGUUCAUUGUUCAGCUUCCCUGCCCUGCCCAGGCAGAGAUGUGGCCUGAGAAAGCGUGGGGAAGAGGGGACCAGGCUAGACAGGGAGGAGGCUCCAUUGCUUUUGCCUUGGAAUCCUGAGCUCAAAACACAGGCUGGCACACAGCAGGGCUCAGGAAAUGCUGAGUGAGCAGAAGAGCUCUGCAGCCAGAUGACAACAUGGCCUCCAGCAAGGUGCGGCACCAGCCCCAGCCUCAGUUUCCCCAUGUGUCUGUGAGGCUCACAGGAGUGGCCCAGCACACGGUGCUGGAGGGAAGAGUUGGGAUAACUAAUGUGUGCUCUAACCCACUUUACAAAUGGGAGGGAACAAACAUUAGAAAAUCGCUGCCAUCUGCUAAGUCUGAAGCCUGCUCACUUCACUGGCACUAUUCUAGUGUAACCAAUAUAUAAUCUGAGUUUAAAAAUGUAUAUUUUGAAUUAAUAUUAAAAAGAAAAAAUUUGACUCCAAUACUUUGAAUUUUCUAAAUUGAUUCUCAUGCAAAAAAUAUUAUAUAUAUUUUCUAUCACCAUCGAACCAGACACUGACUUCACAGCAAGAGCUACUAAAGCUGCAGAUUACCAUUCAAGUCCCCCCAAGAGAAAAAUAAAGUAAAUCAAAUGUUACAGCAUUCACAGCUCCUAACUUGCGUUUCCUACUUUGCUAUUGUCCCUGAAUGUUAUAAUAGCAUUUUGACCUUUCACAAGUGGGGAAUGCACGAAUGUUGAAAGAAGGUCAUUUCGCACAUUUUUCUAUGUGGUGCAUAUUCACGCACAGGUGGGUCAGAGCCGUGUGUGUCUCUCCAGGGCUCCCAGCCUCCCAGAGGACAGAUGUGCAGGGCAGCUCUCAGAGCACCCAAGUGUACGCUGUCUUGGGGCAGGAGCCUGAUGCAGCUGCUGCCAGCAUCCCCGUGCAGCCGUCUGCUUCUGGAUCACUAAGCAGAGUAUCCACAUGAUGCCUGAAGCCAAAACCAUUCCAGGAAACAGCAGCACAGUCUACGUUAGUGUCAGACUCUCCAGAGUUUCAAUCCACUGCAGAACAUUCUAGAACACUGACUUCACUGUCAUCUCAAAUUCAUUGUACCUCCAAAGGCAAGGACUCCCUAGAAGGCCAUGCAUGAAGGCUGGGGCCUGCCCUGACUCACCCUCACUGGUUAGCUCUAACCUGUCCUUCCAUCUGGCCACACGCACACCCCAAGGCAGAAAUGGAGCUCAUACUAUUGGCAUUAGAACUUAGCAGUAUUAUUAUCUGGCAGAUUUUUCAGUCUCCUCAUAACUCUCCUUACAGGAUCAGAUUUAUCACUAUCCAACUCUAAGCGUGUUUAGUGUGUCUUUCUAUUCUGCUGACCCGUACCCUACAGGGUGCUGUACCCUGUGGGGUCUCACCAGAAUGAGAGCCAAGCUGCCAACAAGCAAAUGGAUCCAUCUAUUCUUUAAAGGGUAUCUGUGAAAAUCACAGGGGAGUCUCAGCCCAGAUAGUAUUUGAAAGGUAUAAACAUUGCCAGCUUUCUAACACCAAAUGACUCCUCAGGAAAUGACAGUAUUUUACCUGGAAGAAAGGGAGUCAAGACAAAGAGUGGGGGUGGGCACAUGCUCUUCCCUGCAGCGACUGAGAAACCUUCUUGUUGGGACAGCAGGCCUUUCCCCCAUCCCUCAUGCCAGAGGCAGAACCUCAAAUGGAUUCCAGUGACUCCUGGGCUUCUGGCACAUGCAGCCCCAGGAGCCUCAAUGCCUGAGUCUUCGGGACUGAGCUCUGGGAUGGGUGCCUGCUCUUGCUGUCACACAGGCUUCUCCCCUAUUGUAUAAGGCGGGAGGGGGACUUUACUAGCAACUACCACAAGCAGCCUGUAGUCAACCACUGACUAGAGGGAGACACAAACCAGGAAUUUGCUCCGACCACCCUUCUACAAAUACCCAUUUUAGCAUUAGAUACACGAGAACAGGGAAGCACUUGUCAAUCAAGAUCUUGGUUGGUGAAGCUUAUUUUGUGCCAUUUUGGCAUGAGAUGAAUUCCCAAGUACUCCUCGCACAACUGGGAUCAAGGGUGGCGGGGUCCUGUGCUCAGCAGGACCCAGAGGAGCUGGAGUGCCACCUGUUCUUUAGUGAAGCUGCAGCGAGUCGUGUGGUGCUGGAUACCCCAGGCACGUGGAGUGCAGUGCAGGGAGCACAGGAGGUGUCCCAGGGAGGCCAAGGGAGGAUGCCCGCUCCCACCAGCAAGCACAGCCAUGCCUCAGAACCAGUAUCUCAUAGCUUUCAGUGCAGGGCUAGGCAUGCUCUGAGCAGCAUGCCUUGCGAUUCCCUCACAAUUCUGUGUUUCUAUUCCACUCCAAUUGUGCUUAUUAGGUAAAACUGCAGGCUACACCUUCCUAGUGGCAUUUCCCAGUGGGAUGGGUCAGUUGAAUUAAAUUUUUGCCUGGACAACUACAGUCAAAACUUAUUUUUUUUUUUUCAGUAAAAACAUACAGCACAGAACAUUAGUCUUACAUCUUUCUUAGUCUUAAAAAAUAUAAAUAUAGAGGGAUAAUUUGUAUAG